AGCGCAUGGGUCGGUCUGUUCAGAGACAGCUGGAGGUGGUCAGAUGGGAGUGAUUUCUCUUUCAGAUACUGGGAUAUGCAGUUAUUCAAUGAUGAACAAAGCAACAAGACAUGUGCUAUGACUCUGUUAAACAGAUCAGGAAAAUGGAGCUCUGAUGAAUGUGACAAAGAAAAACCCUUCUUCUGUUAUGAUGAUAAAUUGAUCCUGAUCAAAGAAAACAAGACCUGGGAGGAGGCCUUGGAUUACUGCAGAGAGUAUCACAGGGGACUGGUCUCCAUCACUAACCCUUACCAACAGAGAUGGGCGGAGGUGAGAGCCAAGAACGCCUCGAGUCCUUUUGUCUGGCUCGGCCUGCGAUACUCCUGCACUCUGGAUCUGUGGUUCUGGGUCAAUGACAAGCUGGUCUGCUAUGAGAAGUGGGGCAGAGAGGGAAAGGCUGAGGAGUGUGGCAGGGCUGUGGGCAUGCAGAGUGGAGGACAGCAUGAGUGGGUCAGUCAGAGAGAAAAUGAGAAAUACAAUUUUUUUUGUUUUAAAUAAGA